AUGAUGGCUUCAAAUCUUGUCGCUGCUGGAACAGGUAUUUACGGAUCAGCCGUGGACCAAAUCAGUACUCCUCUUGGAAUUUUUGUUGAUGUAAAUUUGGAUCUAUAUGUGGCAGAUUGUGGUAAUCAUCGAGUUCAAUUGUUUCAGUCGGGACAAUUAAAUGGUAUCACAGUAGCUGGAAAUACAUCACUAAAUCCAACAAUUACACUUAGAUGUCCAAGUGGAAUUGUAUUAGACGCUGAGAAGUACUUAUUCAUUUUAGAUUCUGGCAAUCAUCGCAUUGUUGGUUCAGGCGUAAAUGGUUUUCGAUGUUUAGUUGGAUGUGAUGGACAAGGAUCACAAUCCAAUCAAUUAUAUAGUCCAUUUAGUUUGAGUUUCGACAGUUAUGGAAACAUGUUUGUUACUGAUACAUUUAACCAUCGAAUUCAAAAAUUUUUAUUGAUGAAAGAUUCUUCUGCUCUUCCAUUCAAUCAGCCAAAGUUUUGUCCAACAGCCACUUGGAAUCCUGAUGCAAUUACCAUUGCUAAUCGAUCGAUUGUUGGUCAAUGGUCUCGCGCCAUUUUUAUGAGUAUAAAUAACAUCACCUAUGUCGCUAAUCGAGAAAAUAACACAAUUGUAAUGUGGAACGAAGAAGGUGUCAAUUCAGCAAAGAUCAUUCACGGUAAUUUUAGAGGACCCAAUUCGCUCUUUGUGACAUCAAAUGGUGAUAUUUAUAUUGAUGAUGGGCUGGAGAAUGGUCGAGUGCAGAAAUGGAGUGCAGAAACAGAAACCUUUGCUACAGUGAUGAACGUCAGUUCAGAAUGUGCUGGUUUGUUUGUCGAUGUGAAUGAUAAUCUUUACUGUUCAUUGUAUGAUGAGCACAAAGUAGUGAAAAGAUCAUUAAACGAUGCUGUGGUGACUUCAAAUCUUGUUGCUGCUGGAACAGGUAUUGAAGGAUCAGAUCCAAAUCAACUCCUAGAUCCUCGUGGAAUCUUUGUUGAUGUGAAUUUGGAUUUAUAUGUAGCAGAUUGUGGUAAUCAUCGAGUUCAAUUGUUUCAGUCGGGAGAAUUAAAUGGUAUCACAGUAGCUGGAAGUACAUCACAAAGUCCAACAAUUACACUUCGUUUUCCAAGUGGAAUUAUAUUAGAUGCUGAGAAGUACUUAUUCAUUUUAGAUUCUGGCAAUAGUCGCAUUGUUGGUUCAGGCGUAAAUGGUUUUCGAUGUUUAGUUGGAUGUGAUGGAACGGGUCCACAAUCCAAUGAAUUAUCUGGUCCAUUUAGUUUUAGUUUCGAUCAUUCUAGAAACAUAUUUGUUACUGAUCAAUGGAAUAAUCGAAUUCAAAAAUUUCAAUAUUUAGAAGAAUCAUGUGACACAUCAUCGGUGGUUGAAACAUUCUACUCAUCUGUAUUAACAUCAAGUCAUCCAAUAUAUCCACGUACUGGAUGUGAUUUUUCGUACUAUGAAGCCAUAAAAAUUCGUGUCUAUAAAAAUGGUCAUUACAGUUUUAAUAGUAUCAGCAAUAUCAAUACAUACGGCUAUAUGUACGCAAAGGAUUUUUUUCCAUUCAUUCCAUCUAUAAAUUUAAUCGCCAAAGAUGAUGGCAGUUCUAGUAAUUCUCAAUUCAAUAUUAGUAUUCCUCUACAGAUCAAUACUGAAUAUAUAUUGGUUGUAACAACAUAUAAUUUAAUUGAAACAGGAGCAUUCUCAAUCUAUAUAUCUGGUCCUGACCGUGUCGAUCUUGAACGUCUAAUCGAUCUUGACGUCGAUACUAAAUACAUAUUAGUUGUAACAACAUCACAUGCAAAUGUUACAGGAGCAUUUUCAAUCAUUGUGUCUGGACCAACGAAAGCCGUUCUCGAAUAUACUAAUACUUCAUCUACAUCAACUGCAUUUGCUCUUUCAUUCAAUCAGCCUAAGUUUUGUCCAACAGCCACUUGGAAUCCUGAUGCAAUUACCAUUGCUAAUCGAUCAAUUGCUGGUCAAUAUCCUCGCGCCAUUUUUGUGAGCACAAACAACACAAUUUAUGUCGACGAUCGAGAAAAUAAGAGAAUUGUAAUGUGGGACGAAGAAGGUGUCAAUUCAGCAAAGAUCAUUCACGGUAGUUUUACAGGACCUCGAUCUCUCUUCGUGACAUCGAAUGGUGAUAUUUUUAUUGAUGAUGGUGUUAUGAAUGGUCUAGUGCAGAAAUGGAGUGCAGAAACACAUACUUUUGUCAUAGUGAUGAACGUCAAUACAGGAUGUGCUGGUUUGUUUGUCGAUGUGAAUGAUAAUCUUUACUGUUCAUUGUAUGAUGGACAUCAAGUAGUGAAAAGAUCAUUAAAUGAUGCUGUGGUGACUUCAAAUCUUGUUGCUGCUGGAACAGGUAUUGAAGGAUCAGACUCGAAUCAACUUGCUGGUCCCCGUGGAAUUUUUGUCGAUGUGAAUUUAGAUUUAUAUGUGGCAGAUUGUUACAAUAAUCGAAUUCAAUUAUUUCAGUCGGGAGAAUUAAAUGGUAUCACUGUAGCUGGAAGUACAUCGCUAAAUCCAACAGUUACACUUAGUUGUCCAAUGGGGAUUACAUUAGAUGCUGAUAAAUAUUUAUUCAUUGUGGAUCAAUUCAAUCAUCGCAUUGUCGGUUCAGGUGUGAAUGGUUUUCGAUGUUUAGCUGGAUGUUAUGGAAUGGGUUCACAAUCCAAUCAAUUGUAUAAUCCAUAUAGUUUUAGUUUUGAUCGUGCUGGAAACAUAUUUGUUACUGAUCAAUAUAAUCAUCGAAUUCAAAAAUUUCAAUAUUUGGAAGAAUCAUGUGUGAGUACUUUACCACUUGUUCAAACAACUUAUACAUCAGCAUUGACAACGAACAGUUCAAGGUAUUCACUUAGUUGUUCAAGUUCAGGUUCUUACUAUGAAGCGAUACAAGUGAAUGUUCGUAGAAGUGGCUUUUACACUUUCUUCGAUGGAAGCAAUAUGGACACAUACGGUUCUAUUUACGAAGAUUAUUUCAAUCCAUCCAAUCCAUAUGAAAACCGACUCUUAUACGAUGAUGACAGUUGCUUUGGACGUCAGUUUAGAAUGGCAGUUGCUCUUGAAACCGGUGUUACAUAUAUAUUGAUUGUGACAACGCGAAGCCCUUAUGAAACAGGUGCAUUUUCGAUCUUUAUAACUGGUGCAGACAAUAUCGCCCUCAAGAAUAUUAGCUCUCCAUCAGUCAUUCAAAUACCAUAUUCAUCAGCUGUACAAUCGAACUAUUCAUCAGAGUUGACAACAAAUAGUCCAAAAUAUUCCCGUGAUGGUCGAAAAUCAAAUUAUUAUUAUGAAACUAUACAAAUACAUGUAGUGGAAACUGGAUACUAUGCUCUGAGUAGUUCUAGUAGUAUGGAUACAUUUGGUGAUAUUUAUAAAGAUGAUUUUAAUCCAAUGAAUCCUUUCGAGAAUCUACUCUCACAGGAUUAUCGAAGCUGUAGUUCUCAAGAUUUCAAGUUAAUUGCUUAUCUUCAAACUGGCAUAAAAUACAUAUUAGUGGUGACAACAUCUUCACCCAAUAUAACAGGAAAGUUUUCCAUUCUAACAUCUGGCCCAAAUGUCAUUACUCUUAAUCCUUACAGAUUUUCAUUUAAUCAACCGAAGUUUUGUCCAACAGCCUUGUGGAAUUCCAAUGGCAUCACUUUUGGUAAUCGAUCUAUUGUUGGUGAAUACCCUCACGCCAUUUUUGUAAGCACAAGCAAUACAAUCUAUGCAGCUAACCGAGAAAAUAACACAAUUGUAUUAUGGCAAGAAGAGAGUGUCAAUCCAACAAAGAUCAUUACCGGUAGUUUUUCGCAGCCAUUGUCUCUCUUCGUUACAUCAAAUGGUAAUAUUUAUAUUGAUGAUGGUGAUCAAAAUGGUCGAGUACAGAAAUGGAUGGUAGAAACAAAUACCUUUGUCACAGUGAUGAAUGUCAACUCAAUAUGUUUUGGUUUGUUUGUUGAUAUCCAUGAUACUCUUUACUGUUCAAUGACUAAUUAUCAUCAAGUAGUGAAAAGAUCAUUGACUGAUUCUGUCAUGACUUCAAAUCAUGUUGCUGCUGGAACAGGUAUUCGAGGAUCAGCCUCGAAUGAACUUGAUAGUCCUUUUGGAAUCUUUGUUGAUGUGAAUUUGGAUUUAUAUGUAGCAGAUUGCCGAAAUCAUCGAGUUCAGUUAUUUCAGUCGGGAGAAUUAAAUGGUAUCACAGUAGCUGGAAGUACGUCACUAAAUCCAACAGUUACACUUAGCUGUCCAAGUGCAAUCAUAUUAGAUGCUGAGAAAUAUUUAUUCAUUGUGGAUCAAUACAAUAGUCGUAUUGUUGGUUCAGGUUUGAAUGGUUUUCGAUGUUUGGUUGGAUGCUAUGGAGAAGGAUCGCAAUCUAAUCAAUUAUCAAAUCCGUCUAGUCUUAGUUUCGACAGUUAUGGAAACAUAUUUGUUACCGACGUAUUAAACAAUCGCAUUCAAAAAUUUAAAUAUUUGGAAGAAUCGUGCGAUAUUUCAUCGACAUCUAAAUCUACAUCAACUAUUUUAUCUACAUCUAAAUCUACAUCAACAACAACUGUUUCAUCUACAUCUAAAUCUACAUCAACAACAACUGCAUUCACAACAACAACUAAAUCAUCAUAUGCUUGUAUGAUGAAUCGUCCCACAUGGAUGUUACUUAUCAUUUGUUCAAUUAUUCAUUUAAUGAAAAAACUCAUAUAA